GAAAAGGAUCCCAAAUAUAAAAAAAUUCCAAGUAGCGGGCGGCUGCGGCUGCAACUGCCAUCAGAACGGGAACGGAACACGGUCACCCGCCCUUUCAACGGGAGACCCCGGCAGCACGGCAUCCCUUGCCCUUCCCUUCCCCUCCAGUCCCGUCCAUUCCAUUGACCGUCCACAUCCACGCCGGCGUAGUUUUUCCUGCCGAGUCCGGCUCACACCGCUGCUCCCCCGUCGCCGUCGCCCAGCUCGGGUUGACUUGACUCCUCCCCCCCGUACUCUGUACAUACACCUCCCCGUCCUCCCGACUGACCACUCCAUUUCCGUCUUCUUCUUCCUCCUCCUUCCCCCUCUCUCUCCCUCCUCUGCGCUUUGGCUGGUUCUUUAAUCUUUCCCCCCUGGCCUCGAUCGAUCGAGCACGGUGGCCUGGACCGGCAAAGAAGCAGUUUUUCGCUGCGGAGGUGGGGCGGUAUUGAUUUUAUAGAGAACAUUGAAUAUACAGUUCAUAGAAUGAUGGCUGCUGAAUUAAAUAAGCAGUUUUCAAACGUCACCCUGGGAGAAGAACAGGAGAUAUGUGACAUUGGGCAUGCACUCAAGGCACUGCGGAAGAAGAUUCUUACUUUGGAUUUUGAAAAUUCCAUGCGUGUUCAUGAUCCGCAGAAUUCAUUUGAGUACUUGGAAGUGCUGUACAAAAUUCAGCAGCUGACCGAAAGCUUAGGGAGUUUACAUCCCAGUGGAGAAGCCAAAGAGCAGCAUAAUGAACUCAUGAUAUAUGCUGCUGACCUAUUUGAUAUGGCAUUGGCGAGGCUUGAAGAGGAAUUUGUUUAUCUUCUUACGCACUAUAAACAACCAUUAGAACAAGGACUUCUUUCCUUCCGCUCCAUGGAGGAUGGCAGCAUAGAUGACUUUUCAAGCAGCUCAUUCAGCGAGGAACAAAGUGAAGGCAAGACAACACAGCCUGAUACAACUGGAGGAUCAGAAUAUUUUGCAACUGAUUUGAUUCAACAUGGUGCACUCUCUGCUAUCAAGUCCAUUGCCAACUUCAUGUUUCUGAGUGAAUAUGAUAAGGAGUGUUCACAGGCUUACAUAAACACACGGCAAGCUGCAGUAGAUGAGUACCUUGGGUCUCUUCAUAUUGACAAGCUCAGUAUAGAAGAACUUCUGAGCACCAAUUGGACCAAGUUGAGUUCAUUGAUAAAGAAGUGGAAUCGUGCAAUGAAGGUCUUUGUCCAAGUCUACCUUGCAAGUGAGAAGCGCCUUAGCAAUCAUGUCUUUGGUGAACUUUCAGAAUCAACUGCAGACUUGUGUUUCUAUGAGAUUUCAUUGAGCUCAGUCAUGCAACUUCUGAACUUCUAUGAGUCUGUAGCAAUUGGGCCACCUAAACCUGAAAAGCUUUUCCGUCUGCUUGAUAUGUAUGAGGUCUUAAAUGAUUUAUUACCUGAAGUAGAAUUCUUGUUUCAAGAAGGAUGUGAUGAUAUAAUUUUAACUGAAUAUCAUGAAGUCCUACUACAACUGGGAGAAUCGGUAAGAAAAGCAUUUACAGAAUUCAAGUAUGCUGUUCAGUCCUACACUUCAUCCAAUGCAAUGGCCCGUGGUGAAGUGCAUCCCCUUACAAAGUAUGUUAUGAACUAUAUAAAAGCUCUCACAGUUUACAGCAAAACUCUUGAUUUACUUAUAAAGGACACAGACCGAAGAUGCCAGCAGUUCUCUGCUGACAUGCAGUCUAUGGCAAACUCAUGUCCUCAUUUUACAGUCACUGCAUUGCAUCUGCAGUCAAUUACUGCAAUUUUAGAAGAAAACCUUGAAGCUGGCUCUAGAUUAUAUAGAGAUGAUCGAUUACGGAACAUCUUUAUGAUGAACAAUAUCUAUUACAUGGUCCAGAAAGUGAGAAACUCAGAGCUGAAAACUUUUCUUGGUGAUGACUGGAUCCGAGUACACAUUCGGAAGUUUCAGCAGCAAGCGAUGAGCUAUGAGAGGGUGUCAUGGAGUCAAGUUCUCUCUUACCUGAGUGAUGAUGGCUUAUGUGCUGCUGGGGAUGGUGCUUCUCGUAAAAUCAUUAAAGAGAAGUUCAAAAAUUUCAACAUGUCCUUUGAAGAGGCUUAUCGAAUUCAAACUGGAUGGUCUGUCCCAGAUGACCAACUUCGUGAAGACGUCAGGAUUUCGAUAUCGCUAAAAAUUAUACAAGCCUAUCGAACUUUCAUGGGACGAUACUAUAGCCGCCUUGAUGGCAUUAAGCACCGAGAGCGAUACAUAAAGUAUAAGCCUGAGGAUUUGGAGAAACUUUUGCUCGAUCUCUUUGAAGGAGCUCAAAAAUCAUUGUAGCUUGCAGAGUGUAGAACUUAAAAUCACAAUUGUUCUUGAAGACAUGUGCAGUUGUAAUAUUUGGUUUGUACUAAGUAAAAUGGUACAGUUGAUAAUUAUAUUGAUAUCUUUUUUUACUC